GCCUAAAUAUAGUCAUGUGUGAUCUUGUUUGAUUUGUCUUAAUAUAUAGAUUAUUAAUAUAUAAUUUCUAUAAUUUUUUAAUAUACAAAUUACAAGAUAAAAUGGAUUAAAGAAGUGCAUUGGAUGGUGUGCCAAAAGAGCUCAAACUUUUUAUCUCGCGCAAAACACGGAGCCGUGACAUCAACACAGCCCACGCCGUUCAUGCUUCUCUCUACCUCUAAAACUCCUCUGGUCUCUCCUCUCCCGCAAGAAGUCUGUUCAACCAUCCCUCACCCAACCCAAACCAUAAACAUCCUCGUUUACCAGUCUACCACCCACCCACCCACUCAGAUUGUCAGAAGCAGAGUAGACCACUGUCGUCUCCGGCGGCGGACAGGGAUAUGACGUGGAGCUGUAUUUUCGAUUACCUCGGAGACUGCUUCCGCCGUCAAAGCGGCGGCGAUGUUCUUUCCUGGGACGCGGAAUUGGAACCCCACGCCACCGGCGACUUUUCCAUGGCGGCGAUUCAAGCCAAUUCUACGCUCGAAGAUCAGGGUCAAGUGUACACCACUCCCUCCGCCACCUAUAUCGGCGUUUACGACGGCCACGGCGGCCCGGAAGCUUCUCGCUUCAUUUCGAACCACCUCUUCCGUCACAUCCAAAAGUAUUCACGGGAGCAAGGAGGCAUGUCGGAGGAGGUGUUGAGGAGAGCUUUGAAUGCAAUUGAGGAAGAUUUCAUGCACAUGGUCAGGCGAUCGUGGCUGCGCCAACCUAAGAUGGUUAGUGUAGGAUCAUGUUGUCUUGUGGGGGCAAUAUCAAACGGCGUUCUUUAUGUGGCAAACAUUGGGGAUUCGAGGGCAGUGCUUGGGUGGAGAGCAGCGCACGGCGUGGUGGCACAACGGGUGUCCACCGAACAUAAUGUUGGAGUUGAGGAGGUGAGGAAGGAGGUUGUGGCACUCCAUCCUGAUGAUAAGCACAUUGUGGUCAACACCCACGGCGUUUGGCGAAUCAAGGGAAUAAUUCAGGUUUCUAGGUCAAUCGGAGACAUGUACUUGAAGAAGCCCGAGAUGAGCCGAGACCCUCUCUUGGUACAAUACGGAUGUCCGAUUCCUCUAAGAAGAGCCGUAAUGUCAGCCGAGCCCUCCAUAGUGACGCGAAAGCUAAGACCAGAAGACUUGUUCCUGAUUUUUGCUUCGGACGGUCUUUGGGAACAGAUAUCCGAUCAAGAGGCAGUGGAAAUCGUCCUUAAAAACCCAAGACGCGGAAUAGCAAAAAGAUUAGCAAGAGCGGCAGUGAGCGAGGCUGCAAAGAAGAGGGAGAUGAAGAGUCAAGACAUUAGAAGAAUAGAGAAGGGAACAAGACGCUGUUAUCACGAUGAUAUAACAGUCGUAGUUGUAUAUUUGGAUCAUUCUCAAAGCUCUCAAAAUGGCAAAGCAAUGGAGGGUCGCGAUUAUAAUAACAGUUUCUGUACAGCAACUCCGGUUGAUAUAUACAGUUUGAACUCGGAACAAGCCAAGGAUUCGCCCGCCAUAUCUCCUUGAAAAAACAGUCAACUUCAGAAGCUGUAUAUACACACUCUUGUGGAAAGAUCAAAGGUGACUACUGUCUAUCUGUAUUAUCAUUUGUUUUACUGUGUUGUUUGAAUCUCAAUGGAGUUUCCAAUUUUGUUAGAAACUUGGUGAGUUUUUCAGUGAAUGCAAGUGGGUUGGAUAUGGUGUGUUUGGUAACAAUUAGUAUGAUGAGAUAAAAUUUUUCAAAAAACAGUGGUGGGUGAAAAAGUGGGGAAGAUGAAGAGGAGCUGGAAUUAGAGGUGAGAGAGUCCAGGGAGGCGUCAUGGACCCUAAUACAUAGCUGUAUUUUUU